AUGGAGGCGAUGGUGCUGCUGAACGCGCUGGGCACCCGGCUGCUCUUCGCCCUGCACGCGCUGCUGGGCGUCUGGCGGGUGGCGGAGGUGAAGAAGGAGCGCGCGUACUGGCUGCUGGCGCUGCUCAACCUCCUGCUCUGCCUGGAGACGGCGCUCACGCUCAAGCUCAAGCGGGGAAGGGGCUACAAAUGCAAUAGUUACCACGAGUCCCUUUGCCCCAGUGAAUAUGAGCAGCUUGAGAAGAACCACAGCGAACAAGUCAGACCCGGUUACAGAAAUGAGACCACCGCAAACAACAUAAUGGAAAAGCUGCAACAGGCCCAGGAGUUCGUCAACACGCUCUCCAAAAUGUGUGACCCCAUCUGGACGCUGAGCCUCCAUCAGACCUUCCUCCUGCUCCUCAUCCUCGGCCGCUGGCUGCUCCCCAUCGGAGGGGAGAUCACCAGGGACCAGCUGUCUCAGCUGCUGCUGCUCUUCGUGGGCACCGCCGCAGACAUCCUCGAGUUCACCAGUGAAACCCUGGAAAUCGAGAACGUCCGGAACAAAGAUGCUCUGGUGUAUGCAAUCUUAGCCGUGUGGACUUGGAGCAUGUUGCAAUUCCCUCUGGAUCUAGCAGUGCAACAUCUCAACUGUGAUCGAGCCGCUUCGUCCGCAAAAGUUUUCCACCUGCUCCUCUGCAGACACAGCGCCGACCUGUGGAACAUCGGCAUCAGCUUGUUUAUCCAGGACGGCCCUUUCCUUGUGGUGCGCCUGAUCCUGAUGGGCCACUUUCGCGUGGUGAACCAGAUGCUCGUGUUUUUUGCAGCCAAGAAUAUUUUGAUCGUGUUGCUGCAGCUGUACCGUCUGGUGGUGCUAUCGCUCGACUUCCACGCCUCCCUCCAGCGCAGGGCAAAAAGCCAGAAAGGAGCCACUUCCUGUUGCCCCUGUGAGCCCAGCUCCAUCCGCCUCCCAUCCAAUGGCCUGCUGGAUGGAGGCGACUUGACUGAGUGCUUGUGA